AACAUUCCCAAAUCUUUCAUGGUAUCAUUUAGCCUAGGGUAUUCUUUCUAAUUCCGCUGCUACCCUAGCUCUGUUCUCUGCCCACAUCUUCUUCUUCUUCCUCUCUUUCUCUUCUUCUUUCUCUCUUUCUCUUUCUCUUCUUCUUCUUCUCACCGGCAGUGUCUAUGGGGGAACUCUAAGUCAUCCUUCCAUCCGGCUCUUGCCGUUCCUAAUAUUAAUAGCAAAAUUCCAAUCACUCUUGAGAUGGAUAAUGCUCAGUAUUCCACGUGGGCGGAAUUAUUAAAGGUUCACGCAAAAUCUAACAAGGUUCUCCACCAUGUCAUUCCUCCGGCCGAAGGCAAGGAGAAACCUUCUCCAUCUACGGAUGCGGAGAAGGAAUUAUGGGCAACCUUGGAUGCCACAGUUCUAUCGUGGAUUUAUUCAACUAUUUCUCGUGAUUUAUUGAACACCAUUAUUGAGCCCGACUCAACGGCUAUGGAGGCUUGGAAUAGGUUGCGUGACAUAUUCCAAGAUAAUGAACACUCUCGUGCCGUGGCUUUGGAACAAGAAUUCUCCACCACUUCUAUGGAGGAUUUCCCAAAUGUUUCCUCUUAUUGUCAAUGUCUCAAAUCCCUUUCGGAUCAAUUGAAGGAUGUUGGGGAUUCGGUGUCCGAUAGUAAUAUGGUUCUACAGAUGGUUGGUGGUCUUACUUGCCCAUACCGAGGUGUGGGUACGUUAAUUCGCCAAAGUAAUCCUCUGCCUCCCUUUUACAAAGCUCGUUCCAUGCUUACCUUAGAAGAAGCCGGGUUGGCUAAGGAGGCAGCCAACGAGUCUACUAUGGUGGCCGCGACGGAGGGUGGUCCGAGUCAUGGAGAAAAAUCGGGGCAGAACAACAAUAACAACGGCAAGAAUUUUUCCGGCAAACGGAACAAUAAUGGUGGCCGGAAAAAUUAUGCUUCAGGUGGCCGGAACUCCGGCGGCAGCAGCAAGGGUGGUGGCCGGGACCUGCAGACCGGCAGCCAUGGUGGCCAGCACGGUGGACAGCAGCAGCCAGGGCAGUGGUAUCCACAGCAGGAUUCGAGUUCUCCUUGGGGGUGGUAUAACCAGGGCUGGCCCAUACCCCCUUGUCCAUACCCAACUCAAGGUUGGGCCAGACCCCAGUCUACUCCUAACAUAAGGCAGCCUGGCGUGUUGGGCCCAAGACCUCAGCAGGCCUAUGUUCAGCAGUCCGCAAAUCCGAGUUCUUUUGGUCAGUCCGGGUCGUUUGCUCCAACAGAUAUCGAGGCGGCAAUGCAUACUAUGUCUCUUCAACAACCCGAUCCAUCUUGGUACAUGGAUACCGGUGCAACAUCUCAUAUGACCUCCUCUUCCGGAUUUUCGGACGGGGAAGCCAAUCAUGAGGUGUGAUAGCCAAGGGGACCUUUAUCCUAUUACCAACAAUCAAGCUUAUCCUUCUACCUUUUCCGCCAUCUCUCCUAAGCUUUGGCAUGAUCGGUUGGGUCAUCCGGGUGCUCCUAUUUUAGAUGUUCUUAGGCGUAAUAAAAACAUUGAUUGUACUAAACAUUCUAGUUCUAGAAUUUGUGGUUCUUGUGUUUAUGGCAAACAUGUUAAGUUGCCUUUUGUUUCUUCUAAUACAAACACUCUUAUGCCAUUUGAUAUUAUUCAUAGUGAUUUGUGGACA